UUUGUUAUCCCGUAGUACUUGCUUGAGAUGCUAAAGUAAAGCUGUCAGGUGUUGAUUGUCACAGAUGCCCUGUGCAAAAUCGUGUUGAAACCAUUUAAAAGUUGAUCAAUUUAUAGUAGUGCGCGUGAAAAUACAAGAAUUCAAUAUGAAAUCUUGUAGUUAAUAUGAAAUAAUGGACAACAUAUUUUAUCGCGUGUUGCAUCUAUUAUUAGCGUUAAUUUGAUCGAUUCCUAUAUUUAGUUGAUCAAUCGGUCGCUGUGUAUUUAUAUCGGAAAAAUACCAUACUAACGAUGAAUAGCCAUUAACAGUGUACUCAAAUAUACAUAUAAAAAAUCUCUCAUUGUUUUUAAAAUGUGGUUUAUAUGUUAGCAUCGGUCGCUUAUUUUUUUUUACGUUGUCACAUAAAUACUUUUUCAUAUGCGUUGCAUAUCGUAAAAAUGUUUCACCUAGAAGUUUAAAAAUGUAUUGUGGCAACGAAUUCUUUAUAGAUGGGCUUGGUGUGGCUACUAUUUUUCUGCGGGGUUUCCUCAACGGUGGCCCUUGAUAACGGCUUGGCGUUGACGCCCCCCAUGGGGUGGCUCACGUGGGAGAGGUUCCGAUGCAUCAUAGACUGUAAAACUUACCCUAUGGAAUGUAUUAGCGAGAAUCUAAUAAAACGUACCGUGGAUCUCAUGGUGAGCGAUGGUUAUCGUGAUGCCGGGUACGAAUAUGUCGGCAUCGAUGACUGCUGGCUGGAAAAAACAAGGGGACCAGACGGUCGCUUAGUACCAGAUAGAGAACGUUUCCCUAGUGGGAUGAAAGCCUUAGCUGAUUACAUCCAUAGUAGAGAAUUAAAGUUCGGCAUUUACCAAGACUACGGUAACUUAACAUGUGCAGGCUAUCCAGGUGUAUUGGGAUACGAACGGCUCGAUAUAGACACUUUCGUUAGUUGGGAUGCAGAUUACAUUAAGCUAGACGGUUGCUACAUAGAACCUACCGAAAUGGACAGUGGAUAUCCGGCCUUCGGAAAAUUGUUAAAUGACACCGGUCGACCUAUACUAUACUCAUGCAGCUGGCCGGCGUACCAAGAGGAUAAGAAAAUGCUGCCUGACUAUGCGUCGAUCGCACAUCACUGCAAUCUAUGGCGCAAUUGGGAUGAUAUUGAUGAUUCCUGGUGGUCGUUGGAGAGGAUCAUGGACUGGUUUGGGGACAACCAGGAUAGGCUGGCACCUUACGCAGGCCCCGGACACUGGAAUGAUCCUGAUAUGUUGCUGAUAGGCAACUUUGGUCUAAGCGAGGAUCAGGCGCGAGUACAAAUGGCGGUGUGGUCAGUACUGGCGGCGCCAUUACUCAUCAGUGCGGAUCUAGCAACUAUGAAGCCGGAGUUCCGGCGGAUCCUUUUAAACCGAGACAUCAUUGCGGUAGACCAGGAUCCAUUAGGGAAACAAGGGCUUAGGGUCUAUAAGGAGAAGAAAAUAGCUAUAUGGACCCGUGAGUUGUCUCAAGGUGCUUAUGCAGUAGCUUUCGUCAGUCAUCGCACUGAUGGUGCUGCAUAUGUAUAUCGGUACACUCUGAAAGAUAUCAAACUGCCCGAACAAAUUUACGAUGUACAGGAUUUGUAUCACGAAGAGCCACACAGAAUAGCGACUCCAAAUGAGGAAUUUGCCGUUAAACUUAAUCCUACAGGGGUGAAAUUCUAUAAAUUCGUUCCGAGAUUUGCUAAAAAUGAGGAUCUAAAGGAAGUAGUGUUGGUAAAAGGAAAUUCAUUAGGAAAUUAAAUUAUGAUUAAUUAGAACCUAUGUAUUACAAUAUUGUUAUCUAUAGCAUUAAAUGUAAGCGAUAAUA